AUGUCCGUGGAAACAAUCACUACCAUCUCCCCAACUACCAACAAGCCAGUCGUAACUCGAAAUGGCAUUUCUUCGUCCGAUCUCGAGUUGGUUCCAAAAGUGGCAACCGAAGCUUUCCUGAGCUUUCGAAAGACAUCUCUGGCGGACAGACAAGCUAUCGUCAAAAAGGCCCUGAAACUACUUGAUGACAAGCAGAAUGAACUUGCUAAGGAGCUCACAGAGCAAAUGGGUCGUCCAAUUGCUUACACUGCGAAAGAGAUCACUACAGCUGUUAAGAGAGGAGAGUACCUACUCAAAAUUAGUGAGGACACAUUCAAGGAUACAGAAGGGGAGGCCGAGAAGGGUUUCAAGAGAUUUAUCAAAAAAGUGCCUGUUGGGCCAGUGCUUAUUCUCUUCGCAUGGAAUUACCCAUAUUUGAUCCUUGUGAACUCUCUUAUUCCUGCACUUCUUGCAGGAAAUUCGGUGAUCCUCAAGCCUUCACCACAAACACCUACUAUAGUGGAGCAUAUUUCGUCCAUUUUUCUAGAGGCUGGACUUCCUCAGAACGUCAUUCAAUACUUCCACUGCGGAUCGCCUCUCAUCAUCGAGUCGAUUGUCAGGGACCCGAAGAUUGCUCUCAUAUGUUUCACUGGGUCCGUGGCAGGCGGCCUGGCUGUUCAAAAAGCUGCCGCAGACAGAGUUGUUAAUGUCGGUUUGGAGCUUGGUGGCAAGGAUCCUGCGUAUAUCAGAUCAGAUGUUGACCUCGCAUGGGCAGCAGAAGAAAUUGUCGAUGGUGCAGUCUUCAACUCUGGCCAGAGUUGCUGCAGCCUGGAACGUGUUUAUGUUGACGAAAGCAUCCACGACAAAUUCGUACAGGAGAUUCAAAAUGUUCUGAAAAACUAUAAGCUUGGAGAUCCUUUCGACAAGUCAACACAUGUUGGACCAGUCAUCUCCAAACGGUCGAAGGAAACAAUAGAAUCGCAUAUCAAGGAUGCACUGGACAAGGGAGCCAAAGAUGCCACCCCGGAGAAUGAAUCAUUUGAUCAUCCUCUUUCCGAGGGCAAUUUCGUCAAGCCGACUCUCCUCACCAAUGUCGAUCACAGUAUGACAGUCAUGACUGAGGAGACGUUCGGUCCUAUCAUCCCCGUCAUGAAAGUCAAGGGAGAUGCUGAAGCUAUCAAGCUGAUGAAUGAUAGCGAGUUUGGUUUGACGGCUUCUAUAUGGACCAAAGAUACGAGCAAAGGGGCAGAUUUAGCUGAGGAGGUGGAUGCAGGAACUGUUUUUGUCAACAGAUGUGACUUCCCUAGCCCAGAUCUUGCAUGGACCGGCUGGAAGAACUCCGGAAAAGGCCAGACACUCAGCAAAUAUGGAUUUGACCAGUUCGUCAAGCUGAAGUCUUUCCACAUCAAAGAUUAUCCCAAAUGA